UAUUGAAUAAUAAUGAUAAUAAUAUUAAUAUUAAUUGCAACGAUAAUAAUAGAAUAUAAUAAUAAUUAUACAUAUGCUCUUACUGCGUAUUUAUGCCAAUUGUUCUUUGAAUAUUUAUAUUUCUUAUGCACAUACGAAUGUACAUACUUACAUUUGUAUUUCACUGCAUGGAUAUCUUUGUGUGUUUUAUCUCUCCGUUCUUUCGAUGUAGAGUCAAUUAUCGCUCUUCCUUUCGUCGUAUGCUGUGAAAAAACGCAAACGCUAGUCAUAAUGAAUAUAUUGUACUGAGGGGGGGGUGGGAUCGUUGAACGAUUCCGACGGGUGAUUCCGAAUGUGUGUUGAAGCGGAUAAAUCAUAUCACAAUCGAACGUGAAUGCACAGUCACACACACACAUGCAUUUCGGCUCACGAGAUGUAACUCUUAACUGUUAGGCGCGAGUGAGACAAGCGUUGCUUAACUAACUCUCGACUAGAGCUAAGCUAAGUAAUCGUUCUGUUGUCAGAAUCUACUCCGUCUAGGCAUUGGCAAUCAUUCCGCGACGCUCGUUUCGAGAAGCUGCGCGCAUUCACCGCGGAUAUAUACUGCGAAUCUUGUAACGAGAAGUUGUGCCUCGAUGGUACUACGGCGUAGCUCAUAGUCGUACAUACGCACGUAAAUUGACUAGUGUCAUUGAUUGAUGUUUUUUGCUGCGUCGCCCCCCUACGUUACGCACGUAUGCACGCACUUACGCACGCACGCACGCGAAUAAGGCAAGCAAGCAAGCAAGCACCCUCACUUUAUUAUAUCGCAUAUCAACGUUGCUGAGGAUUAAUAUUUCACGAUUUCGCGAUUACCUUCUGCGUUUGUUCAGUCACCGUAAAUCGCGUUAUCGCCGUUAUCCGAGCGAAAAAAAACAAAUCAAAGCGAGACGAGACACCUCCGACGCUCAGCAGCACAGCGCUAGAGAGAGAACGUAGAGAAUGUACUUAAAGAUCUUUUCAGCUAUUGUUCGACGGUAAAGUACAACACACCGCGACGUUACGCUUUGUUAUCGCGAACAGAACACGGCCACAACACAAGUCUAAGUCGAUGACGACCGGGCGAAGCCGUUGAUGAUCGUGUACGUACUUCGUAAUAUGCAAUUGUCCACAAUCGUGCAGUUAAUGAUCGUAAGAUACGUGCCUUCUCGUCGUAUUAUCUGUGUUUUUUAUAAUAUACAAGACGCAUGCAUUUUCAAUUUUUAUUAUAACACUCGCGAAUUCCAAGGAGGUAUGUCGACUUCGCGACGGCCGAUGAAGCGUCGCUCUCACCGGCGAUCCUUCGGGAGAGUUCAAUCCACCGUAAAACUGUAAUUCUCGCAAUAUUUUCCGACAUCAUGUAAGCUACAAACCUUACAUGCGUGUAUUUUCUCUUCAUUGUAGGUCGCUUGUAACUCGACGAAUGUGUACGUAAACUCAUAAGUACGUAUUACAUAAGGAGGCUCGAGUCUCUCUUUGGGCUGAAAUGAAUUUCGUUGCGCCACAUAGCCGAGAAUGCAAUAACGAGAGGGGGAAAUGUGAUUAUUACAAGGAGAAAAAAGCGAAACCUUCAUUGGUUGCAUCUUAUGCGACGUUGUACUGCGAAUCAAACUGGAUUUAUCCAAAAGAAAAGAAAAAAAAAACAGAAAUAUAUAUAUAUAUGUAUAUACGCACGUAUACAUGUUAUUUCGAGACCGAGUUCCAAAUUAUUGUAAAUACAAUCUCCCUGAAAAAACUCUUCCGCCCAAUUGCUAAAUUAACUGGAAGCAAUUUUUUAUUCCACGUAUUGUGUUGCAAAAAAACACUACCUCAGCCGAACCAGGACUUAUGGUUUAAUUUAAGCUCUUUAUGAAAUCGUGACAACGCGCGUUACACGCGUCUCGAUCCACCGAAAUGUCCGAGUCCAUUUACUCGUUAAUGAUCGUGGCGUUAAUUAAUUCAUACGCCGCGUGAAUACGUGAAAUGCGUCUAAUGUGCUUCUCACGUGCGGCACAUUCGACUCGUUCGGAAUCGCCGUGUAGCUCGUGACACGUUCCCGCGGAAUUCCGGCGUACGGCGCGACAAACAGACGCAUUUCGGCAUACAGCAUCGUUUUACGGAAUUAUCCUCGGUAUGAAGAGGUCUCUUUUCAAGCCGAAGAAUUUGGCAACGCUACUCGCGUGUCGAAAGGCGCGGAAAUUCCGCGGCGUUCCCUUCUGGAUAAAUGCUCUCCGGAAUCUGGCGGACGUCGAAGACGAUCCGCGAGACGAUCGUCGUCGACGUCGUAGACAUCCUGCGGAAAGAGUGGCGAGGCUUACGCUGCGCGUGAUAGCUGUAUGCUGCAUGAUGUUCUCGAUGAUCGACCUUACGUUGAUAUACAAGAGGAGCCCGACCGUCACCACCCCCGAAACAAUGCUGUACCCGGUGCGGAGGAUCAACUACCCGGCGAUAGCGAUCUGCGACGUCAAUCGGAUCAGCCGCAGGGCGGCGAUCGACUUCGCCCAAGAGCUCGUGGACUUCGAGAGUACCGCGUUCACAGCUAAUCUCACGCUGACGGACAUCGAGCACAUGCUGAGCCUGUUGGGCCAACUGUACCUGAUCGACGACGUCGACGAAGCUGAGAACGAGACUACGAAGCUUCUGCACACGAUCCUGGAACGUGGUUACAACGGCUACGACGUGAACAGGAUUAUGAGACGACUCUCGCCGAAUUGCAGAUCCAUGUUGCGAAGGUGCUCGUGGGAGGGUAAGGAUCAAACAUGCGAAGAUAUCUUCCUGCUGAGGAAGACUCAGGACGGCUACUGCUGCACGUUCAAUUACGCCAGGCGCAACGACGGUUUCGGAAGCGCGCAGAACGACGUCUUCACGUCCGAGCGCAUCGAACAUUCGACAAACAUCGGACCCGAAUACGGCCUGUCCGUUCUGUUAAACCCGCAUUUCGACGAUUCCUUCUACAAGAUCCUACCGAUCGAUGGUUUCAAGAUAUCAGUGUACAAUCCUUUGGAUUAUCCUGAUAUGACAAGCGGCUACGUGCGCGACGUUCUGGUCUCCCCCAAAACGGAAGCUUAUAUAAAUCUGGACGCGAUUGUAUUCGACAGCGCCGAGGACGUUCAAAAGUACGACGUACAAGAACGCGAUUGUCUGUUCCAAACGGAGCAGUCCAAGAUAUUUCACGGCUACUACUCGUACAGCGAUUGCAUAGUGCAUUGCCGCAUACGGGACAUCUUCCAGCUGUGCAACUGCGUGCCAUUUUUCUACCCGACAUCGGAGGAGAUCGCUUCCGCAGAGAUCUGUAAUCUGAGGGAUUUGCCUUGCUUGAGGAAGUACAAAGAGAGAUGGCGAAACGUAAAGCCUCGAUUAGAAAACGCCAUGGAGCCGUUCGGUGAGAGCGAGUUCGAAGGCUACCUGAGCUGCGACUGUCUUCCGUCCUGCGACGAUGUGACGUACAGCGUGCAAUCCAGCAGCAUCCCUCUGAGCCUUACCGAGCUGUCGUGGGGCAGAAGUAAGUAUCCGAUCAACAAUCACAGCGUGGUGCAUAUCUACUUCGGGAAGAGCGGCACGAUAAGACUGCGACAGGAUGUGCUCUUCUACUGGUACGAGCUCAUAAGUAAGUCCUCUUACUGCGCUUCGCACGAAGAAUGCGGCGAUGUACGGCAAUCACGUGCAUCUGAAGAACGCUCGACUAACUCGAACUUAUAUUCGGCAGGUAACUACGGAGGUGUGUGCAGCCUGUUCCUCGGACUCAGCAUCAUAAACGUAAUCGAGAUGUUGUAUAAGUUGGUCGCGCGGGUCUGGCGAUCCGCAACGAGCGGACGAGCGCAGACGAGAGAGAAGAUCGGAGAGAAUCGAGAUGACAUCACGGAGGUGACGACGAUCGCGGUGCAGCCUGCGCCGAUACCGGAGAUCGCUCAACCCAAGCUUCAUUGGCGAGAAAUGACCGGUGCUCUUCCCAAUGGUGCGAUGAAAUCUGUCUGAUUUAUCUGUGUGAUUUG